CCGAAGGGGCGGUGGGAAGCGCACUUGCGCGUGCGCAGAAGACCUGGCGGGUGCGCGGCACGAGCCCGGAAGUCGCUUAGGAGCUGGCGAGCCAGUCCCUCAAAACGACUUCGUUCGAGGUUGGCGCCCGCCUUUUUCAGAGAGCGCUUCUUAGUGGGUAUUCUGUCCGGGGCCACUUUUCUGAGGCCGAAGGACCCCUAGUCAGUGUGUGAGACAUAGCCUGGCCGAGCCUGGGAACCACCUGGGGCUGAGAGACGACCUUAAGUGGACAGAGAUUCUAGAACAGGAGAAAUAAAAUAGCUAUCGUUUGGGAGCAAUGAGUUUAAAACCCUUUACCUACCCGUUUCCAGAGACAAGGUUUCUUCAUGCAGGACCCAAUGUGUAUAAAUUCAAAAUCAGAUAUGGGAAGAGUAUCAGAGGAGAAGAGAUAGAAAAUAAGGAAGUCAUCACCCAGGAGCUGGAGGAUUCUGUCCGCGUGGUCUUGGGAAACUUGGACAAUCUUCAGCCGUUUGCUACAGAACACUUCAUUGUAUUUCCCUAUAAAAGCAAAUGGGAGAGAGUUUCCCACCUGAAAUUCAAACAUGGGGAAAUUAUCUUGAUCCCCUACCCAUUUGUUUUUACUCUAUAUGUGGAGAUGAAAUGGUUCCAUGAAAACCUGUCACCUGGGAACCCGAUAAGUGACAGUCCUCUUGGGUUGGUCCCAGUUGAGAAGAAAGCAGUAGGAGCUGUGAUGAGGAAACGAAAACACAUGGACGAGCCCAGCUCCCCCAGCAGGCCAGGGCUGGACAGGGCCAAGAUAGGGACUUCCAGCCAAGGCCCCAGCAAAAAGAAGCCCCCUGUGGAAACCAGGAGAAAUAGGGAAAGAAAAACCCAACAAGGAUUGCAGGAGACUCUGGCCUCUGAUAUCACUGAUGUCCAGAAACAAGAUUCUGAGUGCGGGCACAGCCUGCCAGGGCGAAUUGUCCCACCCCUGCAGCACAACUCACCUCCACCUAAGGAGCGAGCAGCCACCGGCUUCUUUGGGUUUCUAAGCUCUCUCUUCCCGUUUCGAUAUUUCUUCAGGAAGAGCAGCCACUCUUGAGCCUUCCAAAUGCAGCGCUGGAAAGAGGAUCAUCUCUUGUAGUGACUCCUCCCGAGCCAUUCUUCCUCCAACUCUAUCCUUUUCUUAUGACACUUCAGUCGUGGGGAAUGAGGUCCCCAUGCUUAGUCCUCUGUGGUUUUAUCGUGUCCUUUGCCCCUUUAUAAUAGAUUUUUUUCAUCCAAUUUAAAACAUUAAGAAUGGAACUUUCUAAAAUGUUCAUGUCCUGAGGGCCGGUUUAGGCCUUUUGUCUUCGGCACUUAGAAUCCUAAUGACAAUAAAUUAUUUAUGAAGAGUUA